AAUUAUUCUUCUCUUACUCUGUCAAUUUUCCUAUUUUUCAUUUUUUUUAUUUUUUUGAAUUAUAGUGUUUUUGUAUGAUUUUCAUUAUGAUAUUGAAUUAUUGGGUUUUUGUUGUUUUUCUUUUCUUUUUUGUUUUGAGUUUGAUCAGUAAAUUGGUUGAUGGGUAUUACUUAUUGAAGUUGAUAAACUAUUUUGUUUUGUUAAAUUUAGAUCUUUGUUUGAAACAUUGAAAUAUCACUACACUGGUUUUUAUUUGUUCAUUUAUUCAUUCAUUCAUUCAUUUAUUAAUUUCUGUUUUUUUUUUUAUCAUGCAGGUUGUUGGUGAAGGUACUGUUGAAAGUAAUGUUCAAUUGGCUUAUUUCCGUGAAGUGAUAUGGGUGCUGAAGGAAGUGGGAGACCACCAGGGUUAGGGAAUUUUGCAUUAACCAGACAAACUUCAAUAUAUUCAUUAACAUUUGAUGAAUUUCAGAAUACAUUAGGUGGGAUGGGGAAGGAUUUUGGGUCAAUGAAUAUGGAUGAAUUGUUAAAGAAUAUAUGGAGUGCUGAAGAAACACAAUCUAUUGCAACAGGAGCAGGAGCAACAGCUAUGGCUGCCGCUGCUGCUGUUGCUGCUGCUGGGAGUAGUGGUCAAGAUGGGGUAAAUUCAGGUGGGUAUUUGCAAAGACAAGGGUCAUUAACUUUACCCAGAACACUUAGUCAGAAAACAGUUGAUGAGGUGUGGAAGGAUAUCGCAAAGGAAUUUAAUGGCGGAAAAGAUGGAGGAAAUGGAUCUAAUGUGCCUCAGAGACAGCAGACAUUAGGGGAGAUUACUUUAGAGGAGUUCUUGGUGAGAGCUGGAGUUGUGAGGGAAGACACCCAAUUGGUUGAUAAGCCGAAUAAUAUUGGGGGUGCUGGGAUUUUCGGAGAUUUUUCUCGGCCUAAUAACAAUACUAAUACUAAUACGAAUAUUGGGUUUGGGAUUAAUUGUCAACAACCUGGUCGAGGUGUUGAGUUGAUGGGUAAUCGUAUUCCAGAGACUAAUCAUCAAAUGUCGUCUAUACAAUCAGCUAACUUACCGUUGAAUGUUAAUGGGGUACGGACAUCACAGCAGCAGGUAACACCUACACAUAUGUCCCAGCAGUCCCAACAGCCGCAGCAACAACCAUUGUUCCCUAAACAGUCUGCAGUUUCGUACGGAUCUGCGAUGACAUUGUCGAACACUGCUCAAUUAGGUAGUACAGGAAUGAGGGGUGGCAUGGUAGGGUUAGCGGAAGGGUUGAAUAACAACUUGGUUAUGAGUGCAGUUAAUCAAGGUGGGGCAGGAUUAGGCAUGGCUGGAUUAAGAGGUGGUGGAGCGAUUGGUGUUCCUGCUGGAUCCCCUGCAGCUUUGUCAUCCGAUGGGCUUGCAAGGAGUAAUGGUGACUCCUCUUCGGUUUCACCUGUUCCGUACAUGUUUAAUGGUGGUCUUAAAGGGAGAAAAGGAUUUGGUUCCGUUGACAAAGUUGCUGAGAGAAGGCAGAGGCGCAUGAUCAAAAAUAGAGAAUCUGCUGCAAGAUCACGAGCUCGUAAACAGGCCUAUACUAUGGAGCUCGAGCAGGAAGUUCAGAAACUAAAAGAGGAAAAUCAGGAGUUAAGAAAAAAACAGGCAGAAAUUGUUGAAAUGCAGAAAAAUCAGGUGAUGGAGAUGAUGAACGCGCAAGCUGGUUCACGGAAAAAGCUCAGGAGGACGCAGACUGGGCCAUGGUGAUCACAAAGAGAUGUGCCAAAUUACAGUAGUUCUUUUGUAUAUAUUUUGGAGGAAGUUGAUGUUUUUCUGUUUAAGGCAUAAUUCAGAAUUGUAUUUUAGGUUGAAAGCAUUUUUUGUUUGUCGUUUUUUUUCUUUGCAAACAUAUAUAUGUUGUAGGAAAGAAGCAACAUAAGAUGUAUUCAGUCCACCAUAUAUCUGUUGGAUGUGUAUUUUUAGGACAUGUCCAAUUCUUGACCUCUAUUAUAAUGCUUUAGAAUUUAGACUUUAUUGUCUAA